UGUUCGUAAACAGGUGUUUUUUUUCUUCUUGCUUUUUUUUAAACGGGAUUAAAGCGCAAAUGAUUUGUGUUUUUUAUUUCAUUUUUUUUCAACCUUUCACUCGGGUGUCACAUUUUAUUAGUUUUUGGAAACAGCACCACGGUUUUUAAAGGGCAGCAAUUCUCCAUACAGCGUCUCGAGCAGAAGCGCUUACUUAUAGCGGGUGACAGUAUUAUAGAUUUAGAUGAUAUCAGCCCUUGCAGUUCUUCGCAUGACAAUGAACAGCACUCCGAGCGUUGCCUGGCUGUCUCUCCAAUAAGCCGUACUACCGCGCACAUAGUAAUACAAGUUCUCAAUGCCUUCAGCACUAUCAGUGCUGGACAGCUCACUGCAAUUGAUUACAUGUAACAGCAAGGGGGAAAUAAACCCGUUUUACUUUUAAGGAAAGGGGAGGCAGUGGUUUCAGCACUGAUCGACUGAACAGCGCACCCUUUCCGAGUGGAGUUCACGCGUUGCAUUCUCUCAAACUGCAAGAAUGGAUGUAAACACGCGCAAAUGUAAACAAUAACUUGUAGACGGUGGUUUCUGGACGGUAUAAAAAAUAAAAUAAUCAUUUUGUGGAGCCUUAUCUUUUACAAUAUGUCGGCGGGGAUGAAUAAACCAGGAUCUAAAUCAACUACCUCGUUGCCUCCAGACCCCAUGGAUAUCAUAAGAAGCAAAGCCUGCUCCCGGAGAGUGCGGCUGAAUGUUGGGGGGCUUCCACACGAGGUUCUUUGGAGAACGCUGGACAGGUUACCCCGCACGCGGCUGGGGAGACUAAGAGACUGCAACACGCACGAGUCUCUCACUGAAAUAUGUGAUGAUUACAAUUUGGACGAUAAUGAGUACUUUUUUGAUCGCCAUCCCGGGGCAUUCACUUCUAUUUUGAAUUUUUACCGCACUGGUAAGUUGCACAUGAUGGAGGAAAUGUGCGCGCUGUCGUUCAGUCAAGAACUGGACUACUGGGGAAUAGACGAGAUAUAUCUGGAAUCCUGCUGCCAGGCCAGGUAUCACCAGAAAAAAGAACAAAUGAACGAGGAGCUGAAACGAGAGGCCGAAACUAUGCGGGACAGGGAAGGAGAUGAGUUUGAAAACACAUGCUGUGCGGAAAAAAGGAGGAAGCUUUGGGACCUUCUGGAGAAACCCAGCUCUUCUGUGGCCGCCAAGAUUUUGGCGAUCAUAUCCAUCCUCUUCAUUGUAUUAUCAACGAUUGCCUUGUCUCUCAACACCCUCCCAGAGCUGCAGGAUAUGGAUGAAUUCGGACAGGUCACUGACAACCCCCAACUGGCUCACGUGGAAGCCGUUUGCAUUGCAUGGUUCACCAUGGAGUACCUGCUACGGUUCCUAUCUUCCCCCAGCAAAUGGAAGUUUUUCAAAGGGCCUCUGAAUGUGAUCGACCUGUUGGCCAUUUUGCCCUACUACGUCACAAUCUUCCUUACAGAGUCCAAUAAAAGUGUGCUACAGUUCCAGAACGUCAGAAGAGUGGUCCAGAUAUUCCGGAUCAUGAGGAUCUUGAGGAUUCUGAAGCUCGCCAGACAUUCCACAGGCUUGCAGUCUCUUGGAUUCACCCUGAGACGAAGCUACAAUGAGCUGGGGUUGCUCAUUUUGUUUCUAGCAAUGGGCAUCAUGAUAUUCUCCAGCUUGGUGUUCUUUGCUGAGAAGGACGAGGAUGACACAAAGUUUAAGAGCAUCCCUGCUUCUUUCUGGUGGGCUACCAUCACCAUGACCACAGUAGGGUAUGGGGAUAUCUACCCUAAGACUCUUUUGGGUAAAAUAGUUGGGGGGCUUUGUUGUAUCGCUGGGGUAUUGGUGAUUGCUCUUCCUAUACCGAUUAUUGUGAACAAUUUCUCAGAAUUCUACAAGGAACAAAAGAGGCAAGAAAAGGCAAUCAAGCGGCGAGAAGCCCUAGAGAGGGCAAAGAGAAAUGGAAGCAUCGUUUCAAUGAACAUGAAGGAUGCUUUUGCCCGCAGUAUAGAACUGAUGGACAUUGUGGUGGAGAAGAGUGGAGAAAACAUGGGGAAGAAGGAGAAGGUGCAGGACAACCACCUUUCACCCAACAAAUGGAAAUGGACAAAACGGAACACGUCAGAGACGAGCUCCAACAAGUCUUUAAAUAUUAAAGAGCAAGGCUCGCCGGACACAGCCCGGCCAAGCACUAGCCCUCAGCAUCUCAAUGUGCAAAUGCUGGAAGAAAUGUAUAAUAAGAUGGCCAAAACCCAAUCCCAGCCCAACCUCAAUACCAAAGAGGGAGGCCAGUCAUCAAAAGUAGGCAAACAAAGGGAUGAAAUAGAGAUGGACAGUAUCCCAGGUCCAACGGAUCCUGUGCUGGCCCCCCCUGAAGGAAUUAUUGACAUGAGAAGCAUGUCUAGUAUCGACAGUUUUAUAAGUUGUGCUACAGAGUUUCCGGAAAGUGGGAGAUUCUCUCACAGUCCAAUCACCUCCCUGUCCUUCAAAGUCAGCGCAAAUCCGUCUCUGGAGACCACUCACGAGUACGAAGGACUGCUCUCUCCCAAAACCGCCACCAGCGCACAAAUUUAUCCGGUCAAGGGGAACAAUUUCCUGGAGAUGAAUUGCAACAAUCCCAAUUCCCAACCCCCUUCCUUCAGAUUCAACAAUCCGUUGAAAUCCAGGUCCUUCAAAGUGAAUUUCCGGGAAGCCAAUGCUUUUCAAAGCGCACAUGGAAUGUCAGCUUCUGUUAUAGAUACUCUGAGUGGGCCUCUUUCAGAUAGCUCUCUGUUUUCUGACCGGUCUCUGCUCAGUCCAGAAGUCUCAAUCUACACAACAGCCAGUAGCAAAACACCUCCUAAAUCCCCAGAGAGCCUCAUGCCAAACGUGUUCACCUUCCAUGACGCUUCCAUUAACAAAUAUAUUGAUGCAGACACCGAUGAAGAAGAACAUUUACAAGAUGGGACUGACGCAAGUGCUUCCAAAUGGCUCCUGGGUAACGCAAGCCCAAAGUACAACGUGAACAGCGGUUAUCAGAAGCAGAGAGGCAGCCACCUAGAAGUAGCAGCAUCACAGAGGUUAAUGGGUCAAAACUGCAUUUUCCCUUUGGAGGGCAUUGCAGGGAGCAGCACACCAGGCUGCACUCAGGAAAGCAACAAAGUGGAGAACCACAUCUCACAAGACAUCCGCUUUCCAAACAGCAAACGAAGCCGCUCCAACACGUACAAUGAAAGCAUCUGACUGAUUCUAGACCAACGACAGAGAGAGGGUUGUUACACAGGAAAACUGACAUCUUCUUUAGGGGAAAAACCAGAGCUUUUGCAUGGCAUGAUCAGCUGUUUCGAAGAAGCCAAGGAGAGGUGUGAAGGGAGCCAGUCCUGCUUAAGAUGGGAUUUGGAUAUUACUGUGAAUUUCCAAAUACUGAUUAAAAUAUAUUCUACUCUCAUUUUCUUCUCCUGGAAUGGGGGAGAAACAGGCUGACAGUUCUGUGUGAAUCACAGUUUUAAUAUGGACCUCUUGUGGAGGCUACAAGUACUAUAUGUAAAUAUAGGACUAUGAAUACAAAUAAAAAAUAAAAAUGCACCUUGAAAUGUUAGAUUGUUUUGCAAUGUGCUAUAAGGAGGAUAUACCAGAGCUGUCAUACUUCUUUCAUUUCAUUUGUCCACAUGUAGGAAGCACCUAUUUUAAUAUUAGAUGGGUUGUUUUAAUAUUGAAGUAAUGCCUUGUUACUUUACCCAAAACAGACCUUAAAUACAGGGUUGCUGAUAAACUGUUAGAAUGAAUUGCACUGUUUCUCAUGAAAGCUGGGUGAUUUAAAACACCAACAUAGUCAAGUUCUGAAUAGGGGGAAAAUCGAAUUACAAGCAUUGAUGCACAGACACACUUGCUAGGAGAUUGCUAGGGUUGGUAUUGUUUCUAAAUUUCACGUGCAGGGUUUACAUGUAUUUACAGUCCUUACUUUAGACAUACAAUGCGCCAUUUUCAACAACAAAUGUUAGUCAGUCCCCCAUAUGACAUUGUCAUAAACAGCAAACACAGCAUUAGAAGCACACGUGGUCUGGGUGUUUUGGAAAUAGAAUUUCAAAUCGAGAAUGGUGCAGCUCCUUCUGUAAAUAAUGUCUUCUGCACGCACUCACAAAUUGUUCUGAUCUCAUCAGAUUAUUUUGUAGCUAGUCAUUCUGCUUCUUCACUGCUAUUUUAUAAAUAGACGUUAAUGUUUGCUUAUUAUAUUUUGAUGUCUUAAGAGCCAAAGAACUUGGUGUUCUAAUCAGUGGCACUGGAACCAUUUUUAAAGUGGGGGUGCUGAAAGCCAUUAAACAAAACUGUAACCCCUGUAUAUGAUGGAAGCCAUGCAAAGCCAUCCGUACCCCCAGCGCCCCUGGUUCUAACUGGGACGUGCAUCACAAGAGAAUGUCUCUUCUUGUAAAGUUGCGUUUGGCAGGAGCAGAUGUGUGAGAGCUGGGUUAUGUUCUUUUUAUCUAUUGUUUGGAAGGUACAUCUCUUUCUCUGAAUUCAACACCUGCAAUGCAAAGACAGUGAGAAAUCUACUAGUGCAAUGAAAGUGGGUGUCAGCCCGUAUAUAGAAAGACUCUGGCUGACAAGCAGGUUAACGCUUUUUAACACAUAUACUCCAAACAUGCUCUGUUAGAUAUACCAUCCAGUAUAUUUGCAGCCACCCCACAUUCAAAAAGCUAUGCUAGAGCCUGUUCUGAAAGAUGCAUAGCAGGACUAUCUCAUUUUAGAGUGCCUGUUAGACAGCUUGUGUUUAAGUUUAAUUUAACCAAAUGAUUACAAUAUCCUCCAGCACCUUGUAAUUAUAUGUAAAAUAUGUCUACUGUAUUAUAUACAUUUCUAGACAGAAUUCUCCUACCUUAAUAUAUCAUACCUGUUUGAGAUGCUUUUUGUUUUACCCUCACUCCCAGUGUCCCGCUGCUUGUGCCCUAACUGACUGCUUACAAGUCAGGUAGAUUUCUCGUGCCUUUCCUUGUAAGCUCAGCUUAGGACUUGGUUCCUUCUCUAUACACAGCCUACGUUUAGCCAGAAUUCAAGAGAGGAACGCGUUAAAGAUUGUGGCUCUGGAUGUGGUCAAGGCCUAGUGCAUACUGUCACAUGCACACAACUCUUAGCACUGCUGGGGGGUGGGGCUUCACUGUUUCCACGGCAACCGCAGCCUACCACAUUGGAACCCUUCAAGCCAGUGUUGACUGCUGUAAAUGAUGAUCAUGCAUUGUUAAUAUGUGUAUCUGUUGUAAAUAUUAUUAUGAUUGUCUUCACUGAAGUUUUGCGACUGCUACGGUUUAUAGUAAAAUGUGGGGAAAAAAGAUGAGUCAGGUUGGUAGGCCAUACCCCUCACCCCCUCACCCCCUCACCCCCUCACCCCCUCACCCAAAUACAACUCGCCAGUGAGGACGAUUAUUUUAUCACAUGCUACAAGAAUGAUGUGCAAAGAAGUCUGAACUGCCUGGGUUUUCUCUCCUUCACAAAGUAAAAAAGACACUGUGCUGGAAAGUGUUGAGAUGUGCUUCAGAUUGUGAAAUGGUUACCAAGGGAACCUGGCCCGGAUACUCUGUUUACCCUGUCACUUCCUGUCUGCCAUGGAGUCGCUUCCUAUAUGUGUUUGGUGUAUGGAAAUGGUUAUAUGACCGCCAUGCAUCUCAGAGUAGUCUAUUUUUCUGUUCAAAUAUAUUAAAAUAAUUAUCAGUAUUUUUAGCAGAUUUUUAUUAGAGGCAACUCAGUAAAAAAUAUAUUAAAACAAUUUCUUUUUGUAUUAUGAAUUAUAAUAAUGGAUUAGGUAGAAGAAAAUGUUCCAAAAUGUUCAUUUUGUGUAGAGCACUUGCUAAUCGUUGAAUGACUUUGUUUUUGUUUUGUUUGUUUUCUGUUUGUUUGUUUUGCAGUCAGUUUGUCUGCGUGAGGUUAUCAAGUCAUGUAUGAUGUUCUACCUUUGUUUCUACAGUCACCGGUACACAGGGCUGUGUGAAGGUGCAUUAUAUCAUCAUAAUCAAUGGAUAUGGGUGAAAUACCAAUAUAUUAUCAUAGAGUUAAUAGAACAGCAAACUGACAUUUUGGACAAACUAUAUAUGUGCGCGUGUGAUUUCACAUGCCUGAAGCCCACGCCCACCAUCUCCCCUUUUCUUGUUGAUGUUCCCAUGGAAACCAACAAAGACAAGAACAGUCGUCUUUUGUUUUUAUUUAUUUGACAGUAUUAAACUUUGUGAAAUCGCCUAUUAUUAUUAUUAUUAUUAUUUAAUAUGCUGCUAGCAAUGGGAAAAAAAUUUGAUGAGGUAAAAAUAAGGUGACCCAUUUUCACUGGGACAGUUCAGGCUUUUCAACCCAAGGCAUUCUGGUACAUUUUACCUGUCUCAGGUACCAUUCACUUAUCUCUUUCCUUUAAGAGAAUCAAGACUACGCUUACCAGAAUGCAUUGGGUUGUGAGUUGAAAAGCCAUUGUCCCGGUGAACACAGAGCCAUAUGGUCACCUUACGGUAAAGAUCCAAAAAAAAAAAAAAAAAAAAAAAAGCAGCAAGUUAAGAGCUGAUAUUUAAAAGUCUACGUUAAAGUAAUGUUUUUCCUUUCUUGUUUUCAGUGGGGACUUUUUCAAGGAGUGCUAGUUUUGUUUCUGCUCUAUUAAAUCUGUUUUUAAAGUGUGAUUGGUGUGUUUGAAUGUUUAGCGUUGACUUCAGCGUUCGUAUAUCACAACUGGGAGUACUGGAAGAGCGUACCAAACGCGAGCGGUAAACAAACAGAGACUUCGACAUGUUCCGCUACGUACUGAAGAGAAACAAGUGCCCUAGCCUGCUACAGAAAUCAAUACGGAUGGAAAUAUUAUUUUAGUCUUCUUCAAACAAAGCCGGUACCCAGUUCACUCUUGAUACAGCCUUUUUAAAACUCAGACUGUUGGAAGUGUACAGUGUAAGCAAUCUCUUGCACAGUUAUUUAAAUAAAUAUUUAUCUUGACAUUCCUGUUUUGUUAUGGUUUACAUUUCGGUGGGAAAUGAGUAGUGUUAUAGAGCGGUUAAUGAGUGCCAUCGGGUGAAACCUCUGUUAUAUCUCUGUAAACCUUUCUCCUCAAAAUACGGGGCAGGCUAAUGAGAAUGAACAGUGUGGAAGAAACCAGGUGCUGAUCAUUAGUGUUGAUUGGGCUACCAGUCAAAGAGGAGCAAGUAAAGAAACAGCUGCUUGGGUUUGUGGUGAUCGCUGCUUUUCUUAGACUCUGGAGAACAGCGACCCACACAAACCCAAGCAGCUGCGUUUUCACUUGUUUCACUUGGAAAGGUAAAUCAGCCCGAUCGACUCCAGUGACACUCACCUGUGGAUAGCUUGAUCCUAAUAAUCGAUUAAUCAGUGCGUGCAGCUCCAAUAAUGGGACACCCACGCUGUUCUAUUUGCAGAGUAGAAACACAGUUGAUGACUGUUUGAUAAAUACAAGACACCUGUAUUGUUGUUAGUUAUGGCUUUAUACAAUUAAGCAGGCAUAUACUGAUGUCAUUGAAGACAGGUCUUAUACAUGGUAAAAACAGCAGGAAUAUCUUAGGUUAGAUAUUGUAAUGUAAGACAUAUGGAUAACUAUUAGGAAGACUGGUAAAACAAAGGGAGAAAUGCUUUCUUUAUAGCAUUAUUUGUUGUAUCAAUUUAAAAUGUGUGCGGCAUGUUUUCAAACCCUAAUAUGGGGUUGGCUAAGCAACUAAAUAGAUUUUCACAAACCUUACCAAGGUCUGGAGCGCACUUGUUUCUCUGAUUCGUUAGCGAGUGACAAUUGCAGCAUGCAGGUUAAAUUAUUUCACAGGGUUCUUCAGGAUGUAACUCAUUCUCCUUCAUUCUCUGUCAGAGAACCUUACUGAUCCUAUCUCUGUAUAGGUCAAUCAUCAAAAGCAUCAAGUUGUUCAAUAAUAUUUAUUUUAAAAGGAUACUUUUAUUUAUCUGUAUUUUUUGUAACUAGCAUUUCAAUUGUGUACUCAUCUGAAAUGUGGAAAGGCUGCAGAAGUUUAUUUGUCAACUUCAAUAUUAACCCAACGCUUUCAUUUGUAUCGCCUGCAAUAGAGUGCUAGAUCUUAACCAUUUAGGGGGUUCUCUGUUUAAUUUGACAACUUAAUAAAGACUUUGAAUUUCAAAAUGACUUUCCCCUCCCCCAAUUAAGUUUCCAAAUUAGCCUGUCCUUAAAAGCACAAAAUAAACAUGUCAUGAUGUGAUUAAAAAAAAAAAAAAAAAAAAUUAGGCUUCUCUUAAAUUCUAAGGAAACAUCCGAACAUUUCAGAGAAAUAAAAAUGACAUGUAUAAAUACACACACCAAUCCCAAACAUCCCAUCAUGAUGUAAUGUUGUUUGUAUGUCUUGAAGUUAUUAUUUUUUAUUUUAUUACUUAGUUUUUAUUUGUUGACAUUCUAUCCAGUUGUUUCUGUACAGAGUGCUGUUGUUCUAUGCAUGUAGUGGUAUGGAACUGUGAACAAUGUGUGACAUACAGAUCCUGUAUUUGUCUUGUAAAAUAUGUCUAAAUGUCUAAGGAUUUUAAAAGCAAUGUUCCCCACUGCAUACUGAAUCAUAAAUAAAGUCAAUACAAUAUA